CCUGGCAGCGUCCCUACCUGAACAUCUUCAAGCACUUCCGUGUGGAGGAGUGGAAGCGCUCUGCCAAGGAGGGGGACGUGGCUGCCCUCACGGACACGAGGAUGAAGGGAACAAUCUACCGGAUCCGAGGCUCCAACCCAGCCAGCAGCUACCUGCAGCUGCCCAGGGCAGGGACACAGUCCCUGGGGCUCACAGGGCGCUACCUCUACCUGCUCUUCAGGCCCCUGCCCCGCAAGCACUUCCUCGUGCACCUGGAUGUCACCACCGAGGAAAACCAGGUGGUUCGCAUCUCCUUCUCCAACCUCUUCAAGGAAUUCAAAUCCUCCUCCACCUGGCUCCAGUUCCCCUUCGUCUGCGGGGCAGCCAGCGAGGGCACGGCCCGGCGGGGUGUGCCCGGAGCAGCCCCGGGUGACGCGCGCUGGACGUGCCUGGUGCUGGACCUGCCCUCCAUCCUGGCCCUGUACCUGGCCCGCAGCUACAGCCACCUCAGGGGGGUCAAACUCUGCUGCAACCUGCUUGUGAAGAACCUCUGCACCAGCGACCUGCUCUUCGAGCCAGGUGUGACACUGGCCAGGGCCCGCCUGGGUGACCUGUCCUGCCGUGGGGUGGCUCCCAUGCCCCGGGAAUUGGCCUUCCCUGUGCCCAAGGGGCAGAAGUGGCACGACCUCUAUGACUACAUCAGGUUCCCAUCUGAGGGGGCUAAGCUGCUGCACAACUCCAUCCAGAAGAGCUUCCCACAUCCUGUGGCAGGUGACCAAGUCCUGCAGGAGCCUGGCCACCCACCGACCCAGCUGGUGACACGCUCCAGAGCAGCCUGUGACCUGCCCCCUGUCCAGCAGAUGAGCAGUCCCAAAGCUGUGCCACGUCGGUGUCCUGUGGUCACAAAAAGCAUCCCUGAGGUUCACCUGGCAGUGCCAGGGCCUGGGGGAGCUGUGCCUGCUGCAGAUCCCGUGCUGGAGGAGAAGCUGCACAGUGCAGGGGACAUGAGGCAGCCGCUGCCACUCAGUGCUGGUGGCAUCCAUGUCUAUGCUCAUCAGAGGAGGGGACAGACAGCCCGAGCUGUCCCGGGCUCACAGGAGGGGCUUGUGCCAGAUCCCAUUCUGAAGCUGAGAACAAUAAUUGGCUUUGGAGGCUGCAGCACCAAAUGGGCCCUGUGGACGCGGGACAGCACGGCCGUGGUGUACCCCUGCCACGCCGUCAUCGUGGCCCUGCUCCUCCAGACUGGCGAGCAGAGGUUCUUCCUUGGCCACACAGACAAGGUGGCGGCGCUGGCCCUCAGCAGCAGCGGCUCCGUGCUGGCCUCGGCGCAGGCCGGGCCCCGCGGCCUCGGCCGCCUCUGGGACUUCCCCACAGGAACCUGCCUGAGCCUCUUCAAAACCCACCUGCAUGGCCUGGUGUCCCUCAGCUUUUCCCACAGUGGAGCUGUUCUGUGUGGUGUGGGGAAGGACGUGCACAGCAAAACGAUGGUGGUGGUGUGGAACACUGCUCAGGUGACCCAUGGUGGAGGCGUGACUGUGCUGGCCAAAGCACACACAGAUGCGGACAUCCAAGCCAUGAAGAUUGCUUUCUUUGAUGAUACCAGCUUUGUGUGCAGCAGGAGUGGCCACGUGCUGGAGGUGGACUGCAAGGACGUCUGUGUGCGGAGUGCACGGUGCCUGCUGCCUGCACAGCCCCAGGAGGACGGGCAGGAGCAGGCAGGGAACAGCUCAGGCCCUGGGAUUGCUAUAAACAGUAUCAGCAUGUCCUCGAGCUUCUGUGCCACGGGAUCAGAGGAUGGCUACGUGAGGCUGUGGCUGCUGGACUUCUCAGCUGCUGUCCUGGAGGCAGAGCAUGAGGCUUCAGUGAGCUGUGUCUGCAUCAGCCCAGAUGGCCACAAAGUGCUGUCCACGACAGCUGCUGGGAGCCUGGGCUACCUGGACGUGCAGGCCCGGGACUACAGCACGCUGAUGCGCUCCCACGGGGGCUCCGUGCUGGGCUUCUCCCUGCAGGGCAAGGGGGAGCACAUGGCAACAGUGGCCCAGGACAGCACCAUCCGAGUGUGGGACCUCGCCUCCAGGCAGCAGCUGUAUGACUUCUCAGCUGCAGAGGAAACUCCCUGUACUGUGGCCUUCCACCCCUUCUGGAAGAUGCUGGCCUGUGGCUUCGACAGCGGCGUGGUGAGGAUCUUCAACCUGGCUGCCUCUGACCUCCUGCUGGAGCACAAGCAGCACCGCACUGCAGUCACUGGGCUGACCUUCUCUCCAGAUGGAAAUUUGAUGUUCAGCUCCUGCCUGCAGGGAACUCUGGCUCUGUACAGACUUGUGGCACAGAAAAUCCAGGUUCUGAGAGUCCUGGGCAAUGUGGUGGCCCGGGAUGGUGGCAGUGGCGUGGACACCCUGGUGCUCAGUGGGGACAGUCGCCUGCUGGCCUUCGUGGGGCCCUCCAAGUACGUGGUGACAGUGAUGGAGGCCUGCUCACUCGAUGAGCUGCUGAGGGUGGACAUCAGCAUCCUGGACCUGCACAGCACCAUCCUGGACUCUGCAGUGAAGGUCUGCUUCGGUCCUGUGCCUCAGGGAGAGCUCCUGGUAUCCACUUCUUCCAAUAAAAUCCUUGUGCUUGAUGCAAGAACGGGGCGGCUGGUGCGAGAGGUGUCUCCUGUGCACAAGCUGAGCUGUUCCUCCUUGGCACUGAGCAAGGAUGGCCAGUACCUGCUGACUGCUGGUGACAAGGUCAUCAAGGUGUGGGACUACAGGAUGCGCUUCACCAUCAACUUCCAGGUGUUCAUCGGCCACUCUGAGCCCGUGCACCAGGUCGCCUUCACCCCAGACCAAGAGCACAUCAUCAGCAUUGGGGAUGCCAUCUUCCUCUGGGAUUUCCUGGCUCCACCUCCAGUCAAGUCAUCCCCAGGCAGGGCUCGUUCCCCCAUGUCCACUCUGCUGCUGGGCUCAGACAGCAGCUCUGAGAAGCCCAAGGAUGGCUCUGAGGCCCCUCGGCAGACAGUGCCUCUUCCACUGCUGUCCUCCCCACCGUGUCUGGAUAUCAGCUCUGGCCACCCAGCAGGGUUUCAAAGUAUUUCCUCUGAGUCGGACAGGGAGGAGGAAGCAGAACUGCCAGGCAGCAGCAGGAAGGUGGCAAAUGAGCACAGAGAUGCCUCAGUCAUUGUGGUGGAAUCAGAUGGGAAUGAGGAGCCUGUUGUGAGGCCCAGAGUGAGGCAGGAGGGCUCGAGGUCUCCUGAAAAACCAGCAAACGAGCCCAGGAAGGGAACCAGAGCUCCCAAAUGUUGCGUCCGCCCAGAUUCCUACCGGCAUUUCACCCCUCGCUUCAAGGCAUCAGUGCUCCCCCAGAGUUUCUUGUCUCCUCCAGCGGGCAGUGAGGUGCUGAAGCUGAAAGCAGUGAUCGGCUACAAUGGGAAUGGCAGAGGGAAUAUGGUGUGGAACCCAGAUACAGGCUUCUUCGCCUACUCCUGUGGCUGCGUCAUCGUGGUUGAAGACCUGCACUCGGGCUCGCAGAGCCACUGGCUGGGCCACGCCGAGGAGAUCUCCACCCUCACCCUGAGCCACCACGCCCAGGUUCUUGCCUCUGCCUCAGGGCAGAAGGAUGGGGACUCCCACUGUCAGAUCUGCAUCUGGAGCACCCAGGAUGGGGCCUGCACAGCAGAGCUGUUCCACCACAAGACACAAGUGCAAGCCAUGGCAUUCUCCUGGGAUGACAGAUUCCUUGUCACCAUAGGGGACUACAGUGACCAGACCAUGGCUCUGUGGAGCACCCACACCUAUGAGCUCGUGCUGUCCACUUGUAUCUCAGAGCCUCUCCACGAUGUGGCUUUUAGCCCUUUCUCUCACCAAGACCUUGCCUGUGUGGGGAGGGGAGCUGUGACAUUCUGGGUGUUGGAGCAGCAGGAAGCUGCUGUCAGACUCAAGGUUCAUCGUGCCCCUGCCCCGGACGUGCUGGGGCUGGUGGAGCUGACAUCUCUCUGCUAUGGUGCUGAGGCUCUCCUUUACACUGGGACCAACUCAGGCCAGAUCUGUGUGUGGGACACAGAGACCAAUUCCUGCUUCAUGACGUGGGAGGCUGAUGAGGGCGAGAUCGGGGUGCUGCUGUGCCGGCACCAGCGCCUGCUCAGCGGCAGCAACACCAAGUGCAUCCGCCUGUGGUCGGUGGGCAGCGUGCAGGAGCUGAGGCUGAAAGGGCCCAAUGCCAGUUCUGGCUCAGUGCUGCUGGAGCACGAGAUCACCCUGGAUGGGACCAUUGUGAGCGCAGCCUUUGAUGACUCCCUGGAGAUGGGGAUUGUGGGCACCACGGCAGGGACCCUGUGGUACAUCAACUGGCUGGAGAGCACCAGCAUCCGACUCAUCAGCGGCCACAAGAACAAGGUGACUGAGGUGUGCUUCAGUCCUGACGAGAGUCACUGUGCCACGUGCGGCGAGGACGGCAGCGUGAGGAUCUGGGCUCUGGGCAGCACCGAGCUGGUGGUGCAGUUCCAGGUGCUCAACCAGAGCUGCCAGUGCCUGGCCUGGAAGCCUCGUCCCGUUGGGGUGUGGCCUUGUCCCAGCGAGAGCCAGCACGUGGUGGCAGGGUACAGUGAUGGCACUGUCCGUGUGUUCAGUGUCUCCAGGACAGAGAUGGAGCUGAAAAUGCACCCCCAUGCUGCUGCUCUGACAGCAGUCACCUACUCCACUGAUGGGGAAAUGAUCCUAUCAGGGGGCAAGGAUGGGAUAGUGGCUGUCAGCAGCCCUCGCACUGGAAUGACCAUCCAUGUCCUGGCUGACCACAAAGGCUCCCCCAUCACUGUUCUCCAGUGCACCAGGAAGCAGUACCACGAGCUCGGGGUGGAAGGAGGGGAGCUGUGGCUGGCAGCCAGCUCCGACCGCCGCGUCAGCGUCUGGGGCUCCGACUGGCUCCAGGACAAGUGUGAGCUCCUCGACUGGCUCAGCUUCCCAGCCCCUGCUGGCCCUGAGGGUCUGGACAGCCUCCCUCCCAGCCUGGCUGCGUUCUGCCCUUGGGAACAUGGUGUCUUGGUCUACGUGGGCUUUGGGCUGCAGAAGGAAGCUUUGUUCUACAGCCUGAGGAAGAAACAGGUGCUCAGGAAGAUCUCCCUGCCAGCCUUUGCCACGUCCCUCAGCCUGUCCCCAGCUGCACCUUUCAUGGCUCUUGGCUUCGGUGCCCAGGUGGGGAAGACGUCCCUGAUCAUGGCUCUGGUGGGAGAGGAGUUUCCUGAAGAGGUGCCCCCCCGGGCAGAGGAGAUCACCAUCCCGGCUGAUGUCACCCCUGAGAAGGUCCCCACACACAUAGUGGACUACUCAGAGUCGGAGCAGACGGAGGAGGAGCUGCAGGAGGAGAUCGCCAAGGCCAACGUGGUCUGCAUGGUGUACGAUGUCACCAAGGAGGCCACCAUUGACAAGAUUCGCACAAAGUGGAUCCCCAUGGUGAAUGGGGGACUGGAAAAGGGAUCCAGAAUCCCCAUUAUUUUAGUGGGAAACAAGUCUGACCUGCAGGUGGGCAGCUCCAUGGAGGUCAUCCUGCCCAUCAUGAACCAGUUCUCGGAGAUUGAGACCUGUGUGGAGUGCUCUGCCAAGAACCUCAAGAACAUCUCUGAGCUCUUCUACUAUGCCCAGAAAGCUGUGCUGCACCCCACUGCCCCGCUCUACGACCCAGAGGAGAAGCAGCUCAAACCCGCCUGUGCUCGAGCGCUGACCCGCAUCUUCAACCUCUCAGACCAGGACAACAACCAGAUCCUCAGUGAUGAUGAGCUCAACUACUUCCAGAAAUCUUGUUUUGGAAACCCCCUGGCUCCCCAGGCCCUGGAGGAUGUGAAGAUGGUUGUGUGGAAGAACACGACGGACGGGGUGCAGGACAACGGCCUCACCUUGAACGGCUUCCUCUUCCUCAACACCCUCUUCAUCCAGAGGGGCCGGCACGAGACCACCUGGACCAUCCUGCGCCGCUUCGGCUACGACGACGAGCUGGAGCUGACGGAUGAUUACCUGUACCCACAGAUCCGUGUGCCCCCCGGCUGCUCCACAGAGCUCAACCACUUGGGAUACCAAUUCCUGCAGAGGCUCUUUGAGAAGCACGACAAGGACCAGGACGGAGCCCUGUCGCACACAGAGCUGCAGAACUUCUUCAGCGUGUUCCCCUGCGUGCCCUGGGGCCCCGAGCUCUACAACACGGUAUGCACCACUGAUAAAGGCCUGCUUUCCCUGCAUGGAUUCCUCUGCCAGUGGACGCUCGUGGCUUACCUGGACGUGCGGCACUGCCUGGAGUGCCUGGGCUACCUGGGCUACCCCAUCCUCUCGGAGCAGGACUCCCAGACCCAAGCCCUCACAGUGACCCGGGAGAAGAGGAUUGACCUGGAGAAGGGGCAGACGCAGAGGAAUGUGUUCCUGUGCAAGGUGCUGGGAGCGCGGGGCGCAGGCAAGUCCGCCUUCCUGCAGGCCUUCCUCGGCAGGAGCCUGGCGGCCCAGAGGGAGAAGCCAGGAAAGCCAUCCCUCUACACCAUCAACACAGUGCAGGUCAAUGGCCAGGAGAAGUACCUCAUACUGUCCGAGGUCAGCGCUGACAGCACCUUCUCCAAGCCGUCGGACACCGCCUGCGACGUCGCCUGCUUCAUCUACAGCCUGAGCGACCCCAAAUCCUUCAGCUACUGUGCCAGCAUCUACAAGCAACACUACGUGGACAGCCAGAUCCCCUGUGUGUUCGUGGCCUCCAAGACAGACCUGCCAGAAGCCAGCCAGCAGCCAGGGCUCUUCCCAGCUGAGUUCUGCUACAAGCACUGCCUGCCUCCACCCUUCCCCUUCUCCUGCCACAGCCAGGGACCACCCAGCACUGCUGUCUACACCAAACUGGCCACUGCUGCCACCUUCCCGCACCUGAACGCCGUGGAGCUGGGAGUGGCGUCCUUCUGGCUGCGGGUGGCGCUGGGGGCGGCGGUGACGGCGCUGGUGGGCUUCACCCUGUACCGCCUGCUGGCCAAGAGCAAGUGAGAGCCACGCCCCGCUCCGGCCCCCAGCUCCGGAGGGGCCCCGCCUCAAGCUGGCCCCGGUAGGAAAUCCUCCUUUGCCCCCAGCCUGGAUUGCAGGAGCAGUGAAGCCAGACCUCGCAGCACCAGCAGGAUCAGCCCUGGCACCGGGCAGCCUCAGCCUGUGGCCUCCUGGCCCCCGUGGGCACAGGGCUGGCAGCUCUGCCAGGAGAGCUCUGCCUCACCAGCAGCUGGAGGAUCACCCUCGUCUUUUAUUCUGUUCAGUUUUUUUAAGGCUUGUUUUUAAGCUCAAACACGAGUGUUUCAGUGUCUGUUGGACUGGGCACGUCCCCUCCCCAGAGGGCUGUGCUGGUGCCCUCAAUUCUGGAGGGCACAGCGCUCCCGGGGCCCCGGGGAGCUCCAGCAGCAGCUGAGCUGUCAGAUGAGCUCACGGCUGCAGCUCCCGGGGGCUCAGCUCCAGAUCCUGUCCCGGUUUCCCUCAGCCAGCACCGGCACAGGGAGCCAGGGAGGGAGGGCCAGGCACUGACACCCCCAGCCCAGUGUGAGGGGUCAGGCCUGGCCCCUCCUGCUGGGCCACAGGGGCUGCUGUCCUGGCCUGAGGGGGGACAGCGACCACCCAGGUUUGUCCUGGGCUCCUUUCUGUUGUUUCUACACAAAGAUCUUGUGAGUCCUGCAGCGUGCCAGGCUCCGGGUCCAUCCACUCUCCUUUCCUGGCUCCCAUUUUGCCUGUCCUCUCCCCACCCUGGCCGCCAGUAUUCAUGGCCAGCAGUGUUUGCAGGGCUCUGGGAGCCCUGGUGAGGACUGGGAGGGCAUUGGGUGCUCACUGUGUGCCCAGUCUGUCCCUGGCAGUGCCAUCCCUGAGCUAGUGCCAUGCUGUGCCCUAGGCCCUGUGCCCUGCUGUCCCCUCUGUGGGGCCCUGUCCAGAGUGUGAGGCUCUGGGCAUUGCAUCUCCUGGCACCACUGGAAGCUCCUUCUGUCCUGUCCCCUGUCCCCUGCCCACACCUGAGCUGGUUUCAUCUGCUGGCACUGAGCUCAGUCCCUGUGUGCAAGUCCCAAAGAGCCAGACCAGCACCAUCCCUGGCUUCCUGGGGAGCCUGGAUCAGCCCUGGCUGUGCCACCAGCCUGGCUGUGCUGCCAACCUGGCUGUGCCACCAGCCUGGUCAUGUCACCAGCCUGGUCAUGUCACCAGCCUGGCUGUGCCACCAGCCUG